AUGGAAAAGAUAAAUAUCUCCUUGUUCCUGAUAUCUCUCUGCGCGUUGUUGUGGGGUGUGGCCGGUCAAUAUGAAUGGCAAAUUUGGGAUAGUUUUGACGAAAUUCGGGGUAAAAUGGACAAAGUAAACCCUGAUAACUGCUAUAUCACUCAUUUAGAUGAUCUUUUUCUACCCGAAGAUUCCGUUUCACAUCAUCCUGACGUUAAAGAAAUAAACAUAAAUCCCAUAUUCCCUAACCGUACUGCAUUAUUACACUUGCAUAACAUGGCUAUGAAUCGAGCAUUUUUCUGGAGUUAUAUUCUGCAGUCAAGGUUCAUUCGUCCAGCGAUCAACGAUACCUACGAUCCAGGAAUGAUGUACUACUUUCUUUCUUCUGCGGCCGAUGUUUCGUCUAACCCCUACAUUAAUGCCAGUUCAAUAUAUUUUUCUCCAAACAUGUCUUAUACAUCAUCAUAUAGAGGAUUCUUUAACAAAACAAUGCCUCGGUUUGCACCAAGAGCCUUUCGUGCUGAUGAUUUCAAUGACCCUGUACAUUUACAGAAAAUAUCAACUUUGAAUACAUUUUUUGUUGAGGAUUUGGGUGCGUUUGACUCUGAUAGUCUAUCUAAAGAUUAUACUUCUGAUUUCUAUCGUAUUAAUGAGUGGUAUCAGAAAUGGUUGCCUGACAAAGUGGACAAACGGCAUGACACGAAAACAACUUAUCAGGUUGAAAUAAGGUAUGCUAAUAAUACCAAUGAAACAUUUACAUUCCACGGACCACCUGGAAAUGAUGAAGUACCUGGUCCAGUUAAUUGGACAAAACCCUAUUUUGACUGUGGAAGGUUAAACAAGUGGUUAGUAGCGGCUGUAUCUCCUGUAGCUGAUAUUUACCCUCGGCACACUCAGUUCAGACAUGUAGAGUAUCCUACAUACACAGCAGCAGUUGUUAUGGAAUUGGACUAUGAUCGAAUAGAUAUAAAUCAAUGCCCGCCUAGUCAAGGGAAUGAUAAACCCAAUAGAUUUGCAUCAACAGCUAGGUGUAAAGAAGAAAGUACAGAGUGUGAACCUCUCCAUGGCUGGGGUUUUCGUCGGGGUGGAUACCAGUGCAGAUGUAGACCUAACUUCAGAUUACCAAGUAUUGUAAGACGACCUUAUCUUGGAGAGAUUAUAGAGAGAGCUACUUCUGAUCAAUACUAUAAUAAUUUUGAUUGUUUACCUAUUGGAUGGAUUCAACGUUUGCCAGUAGAAUGGAGAAAAGCCCAUCCAUUUAUUAGGGCUAUUUAUGCAGAUAGAUACUAUGAGUAUGUAAAUGCCACUAGCGGUCCAGCUGCUUUGCAUACAGAAAGAGUUAAUGUAUAUGAAGUACUCAAUUUUAUUAGAGGUGUCCAACCACAGAACUGUUCUAAAUAUAACCCAUCCGAUCUGUAUUUAAAUGGUGAUAUUGCUUAUGGGGCUGAAGAACAGUUUGAAAAUCAGGCUAAGAUGGCUGUACGGCUUGCAAAUUUCAUCAGUGCCUUCUUGCAGGUAUCUGAUCCAAAAGAAGUAUUUAGUGGAACUCGAGUUGCAGACAAACCUCUCACUGAGGAUCAGAUGAUUGGAGAAACUUUGGCAAUUAUAUUAGGAGAUUCAAAGAUUUGGUCGGCAGGUACAUAUUGGGAUCGCAACAAGUUCACAAACCGCACAAUGUUCGCACCAUUUGCUUACAAGACUGAACUCAACACUCGAAAAUAUAAAGUAGAAGACCUUGCACGAUUAAAUACGACAGAGGAACUUUACACAAACAAACCCUGGUUUCAAUUCUUAAAGCAGAGCUGGUCUACUAACUUUGAUGGGCUCGAGAAGUUCUUCUUAAAAAUGAAGAUUCGUGAUGAUGAAAAUGGCCAUUAUUUAAAACAAUAUGAAAGGUAUCCUACUUUCUAUCGCGCAGCAGCCUUAAAGCAUGGGCACUGGACACAGCCCUACUAUGAUUGCAAAGGGCCUCUUAAACAAUGGGUCAUCACAUAUGGGGCUCCUUUCUUUGGAUGGGACAGCGUGAAAGUUAAACUUGAGUUUAAGGGUGUAGUAGCAGUGACCAUGCCUCUAAUGGCCCUGGAUAUUAACCAGUGUCCUGAUAAGUCAUAUACACCCAACGCAUUUAAAGGAACGGAUAAGUGUGACAGGACUUCGUCCUAUUGUGUACCAAUCCAAGGUCGUGGGUUCGAAGCUGGCGGCUACAAAUGCGAAUGUCUCCAAGGUUAUGAAUAUCCAUUCGAAGACUUGAUUACGUAUUAUGACGGGCAAAUCGUCGAAGCUGAAUUUCAAAACAUCAUUCAAGAUAAAUUGACGCGUAUAGACAUGUUUAAGUGUAGAUUGGCCGGUGCAAGUGCCAUGCAGAGCAGCUUUAUCAUUAUUUUAACUGUUUUAUUUGCUCUCAUUAAGUUAAGAUAG